AUGACUGGUCGCGGCAAAGGAGGAAAAGGACUCGGAAAGGGUGGCGCUAAGCGGCAUCGCAAGGUUCUUCGUGAUAACAUCCAGGGAAUUACCAAGCCCGCUAUCCGUCGUCUGGCUCGUCGUGGAGGUGUCAAGCGUAUUUCUGGUCUCAUCUAUGAGGAAACCCGAGGUGUACUGAAGGUUUUCCUGGAAAACGUCAUCCGUGACGCCGUUACCUACACUGAACACGCGAAGCGAAAGACCGUUACCGCUAUGGAUGUCGUCUACGCUCUUAAGCGUCAAGGACGCACUUUACCAUCAAUCGAUCACGUGUAUAGCGGAAACUCUAAUAUGGCUCGUACCAAGCAAACUGCUCGUAAAUCCACCGGAGGAAAGGCACCUCGCAAGCAGCUGGCCACAAAGGCGGCCCGCAAAAGUGCACCAGCAACUGGCGGAGUGAAGAAGCCUCACCGUUAUCGCCCGGGAACAGUGGCUCUGCGUGAAAUCCGUCGUUACCAAAAGUCGACUGAGUUGCUAAUCCGCAAGCUUCCGUUCCAACGUUUGGUUCGUGAAAUUGCCCAGGAUUUCAAGACCGAUUUGCGUUUCCAAAGCUCUGCUGUUAUGGCUCUCCAGGAAGCCAGCGAAGCCUAUCUGGUCGGUCUGUUCGAAGACACCAACCUGUGUGCCAUCCACGCCAAGCGUGUUACCAUCAUGCCGAAGGACAUCCAGCUUGCUCGCCGUAUCCGUGGCGAACGUGCUUAA